UAUAUGUAUAUUUAUCUUGUAUUUAUUAAAACUUAUAUAAUGCAAUUUUUCUUUCAGUUUGAUGAAUGCAUAUGGGUUAUAUACUAGUCUUGGUUGUAACGUUCUCAUGGUUGAAUAUAGGGGUUAUGGAAAGAGUCAAGGAUCACCAUCAGAAAUGGGUUUAUAUCAAGAUGCUGAAGUUGCUAUGGACUUUCUUUUACGACAUUCACAGAUAUCACGAGAUAAAAUUGUAGUUUUUGGACGUUCACUUGGAGGUGCUGUGGCUAUAUAUCUUGCUUCUCAUCCUUACUACAGCCAACAUAUACACUCAGUAUUUAUAGAGAAUACUUUUACAUCACUGCCAGAAAUUGGAGCUGUUGUUAUUGGCAUACCUAUAAUUGGGCUUUUACCAUAUUGGUGCUUUAAAAAUCAAUUUCCCUCCAUAAAACGUGUACCAAAGAUCACGGUUCCAGUUAUGUAUUUAUCAGGACUAACUGAUAAUCUUAUUCCGCCACGAAUGAUGAAGAUGUUGUUUGAGUCUACUGUGAAUUCUCCUUUGAAGAGGAUGGCGCUGUUUGACAAUGGAACCCACAAUGAAACCUGGCUGUGUCCUGGCUAUUAUGAAUGUAUUUUAAAUUUCAUAGCAGAAGUUUCUAAAUGGCGGAGUACAAGUGCCUUGACAAAUUAUUCAGAUGUCCUUACAAAAAUUGUCUGACCAAGUUUUAUCUAGGAUUUCAAUUUAAUUUAUCCUUAAUUUGUCUUUAAUCUCUGCAUUCAUUGCAGAAUGCUGUCACAUUGUUUUGUUUUAUCACUCAUCUAUUUAAUCAGUACAGAUAACAGAAAAUCAUCUCUCGAACAAUGAAGAUUCUACCUGAAAUAAUGAACAAAUAAAAUUUCAUUUUACUCCUACAUGUGAUUUUUAAAAAAAUAAAUUAGUCAUGUAAUUUU